UCAUUGUCCAUGCAAAACAAAAUAAGAUUGUUUUUCAUCGUCUUUCUCCAUUCCCCUUUCUUCAACUCUAUCAAAUAUUACACCCAAUUUUCUCCAUCUCUGCUUUCAACUAUUUUAGGUCUUUUUUUUUUGUCUGUUUGGCUGCUGAUAAUAUGAGAAGAUGAGUAUGGUUGAACCCGGUUAUUGGGAUGGGAUUGCCACCGGGGCCAAUGGCGACAACUUUCAUGACUUGCUCAGUAUUCUGGAUUUUCCCAUGGAGAGUUUGGAAGGAGAUGGCUUCGAUGACGAUUGGGAUGCUAGUAAUUUGCAAUGCCUUGGGCCAAUCCCUUCCGAUGCUUUAAUGGGCUUGCAUCCUGUUCCCCAACCCUAUACUCGCAACGGCUCGUUGGGUGUAACGAUCAAGUCAGAGGCUUCGGUGGACAGCAUCUCCCGGAAAAAUCAGCUGCUGAAUUAUGGUGAAAAAACCCCUGGUGCAGCCCUUCUUUGUCCUGAUAAUUAUUCUGAGGACCACAAAUCUGGAAUGUUUCAGACACAAACCCCAACCCGCAUCUCUGAGAACCGUGCUCUUUACUUGGGCAAAAUGAUCGCGGCCAUAAAAUCCAACUUCAUAGUCCCAGUAGGCACUCGGUCCAAGCGCAUGAGAUCCUCAAAGUUCAAUCCAUGGCCUUUUAUUUCUGCCACCUUCGCAUACAAAAAUACCCAAAGCACCAAAAAGAAACGAGAGAGAAAGUUGUCGCAGAGAUCAAUUGCCGCAAAGGACAUCGAAUCAGAUCCUUGUGAGCAGAAGGGACGACAGAGUUUUCCCGUAAAAAAAUGCUUACACUGUGAAGUUACAAAAACACCACAGUGGAGGGAGGGACCAAUGGGGCCAAAAACACUCUGCAAUGCCUGUGGAGUUCGGUACCGUUCUGGACGCCUAUUUCCCGAGUACCGACCCGCGGCUAGCCCGACAUUCAUUCCUUCUUUACACUCCAGCUCUCACAAGGAAGUCACAGAAAUGAGAAGAAAAGCGGGGCAAGAAGCAGUCACUCAUGGUGAAUGUCAGCCAUGGUUGAGGACCCAUACAAAGUAGCCAUCUGUCUGAUUGAAUUUAGUUAGAGAGGUGAGAACAAUUUUAGUUUUAGGGGCUUAAGCCAUUUUCAUUAAGAUCAAAUCUUUGAUUAUAUUAUUGUUAUUGUUGUGUAUUAUGGUAGAAAGGAAGACAGGCUUUGAGUUGUACAAAAAUGGAAUAAGGAUUAAGGAGUCUUAGGUUAGGCGCAGGAUGUGUCCUAAGGGAUGUGCAUGAGCCCCUAGGUUUGGUAGCUAGGAUAUAUGUUUCUUUUCUGAGUGUAAUUGAAACCAUUGUAUACUUCCAAAUGUAUUAGGGAGUUGAGUUCUCUUAUUAAACACCUCUUUUUUCCA